AAAAGAUGGGAAGAGAUUUAUCACUAGUUUAAGGAUAUUUCAUAAAAUGCAGAGAAAAUAUUAGGAUAAGAAACCUAUAGGGCAAAAAAUCUAUCCAAUAGAAGGCGAAAGGGACGAUUGCGCAAAUAAGCCAUCCCAUCAAUCGCACCAGUCACAAAAGUGGCAUACGACUCUGCCCUCCAUUGAUCGCUUUAGCGCUUAUAACGUUAGCGACUGCAAACAUUCUCACUGCAAAAAAAAAGAAUAUUUGCAAAAAUAACGGUUAUUCUGGUCUUAGUGAUAUCUAUAGGCCUUCAUUAGCAUACUCUUGUGAUAAAGGGAAAAGACUAAGAAAACACGGAGCAGAAGAAGGGAAAAAGAAAAAGGAAGAAGAAGGAGAAGGAGAAGGAGAAGGGAAAGGAGAAGGAUUAGAAAGUAGGAAAAGAAAGAAAGGAGGAGGAGACAUUAAAUCAUGAGAGUGGUAAUUUUGGCCCUUUUUACUUUUCAAGUUAUAUCAUAUGCCUUUAAUGAGAAGAUUCCAAAGACGAACGAAUCGGAAGCGUCGAUAUUACUUGAAAACAUAUUGAAAAAGGCUGAUAGCAAAAUUCGUCCGAAUGUAUUCGGAGAACCGGUCGAAGUAACGUGCGAUUUUUACGUUGCAAGCUUUGGGUCAAUUGAUGAAGUUCACAUGGAUUUUCAAUUAGACAUCUACUUUCAUCAAAUGUGGCUCGAUAAACGGCUGGUCUUCGAGAAGGAGAAGAGGCCGAUGAUGCUUCAUCACAAAUUCAUUAGUAAAUUAUGGAUACCGGAUUUGUACUUUAUCAAUGAGAAAACAGGCAGUUUUCACGAUAUUGUUCAACCUAAUAGAGUUGCUAAACUCUAUCCUAAUGGUACAGUUUGGUAUAGUUCACGUAUUACACUCAAAUUGGCGUGUCCGAUGGUUUUGGUUCAUUUUCCGAUGGACCAUCAGCAAUGUUUUGUCAAGAUUGCAAGCUACGGCUAUGAUUUAAAAGACGUCACUUUACGAUGGCAUGACGUAGAUCCAGUCGAAUUUUCCCAAAAGGAAUUAUCGCUACCUCAAUUCGAAUUAACAAAAACAUCUACUAAGAAAUGCGAUAUGGUGACAAAAACUGGUAAUUUUGACUGUUUAGAAGCAGUUUUCCAUCUUAAGCGUCAAUUCGGAUUCUACGUUCUGCAAACUUAUAUCCCAUCAAUAUUAAUAGUUAUCCUAUCCUGGAUCUCAUUCUGGGUGAAUAAAGAAGCUGUUCCAGCUAGAAUAACAUUAGGGGUUACGACAGUUUUAACUAUGACUACUCAAUUAUCGACGGCUACGAAAUCGACUAUGAGGGUGUCCUAUCCGAAAGCAUUAGACGUUUGGUACACUUUCUGCAUGAUUCUAGUCUUUUUGGCACUCAUCGAAUACGCUUUCGUCAAUGCACUAGCUAGAAAAGGUAAAAGGAGAAGACGUUUGACCAAUGACGAUAUGGAAUUACAAGAACUGCAUAUUACCAAACCAAGUGCAUCAACUCUAGAAGAUCUUCAUAUGGAAGAAGCUCAUGUUAUGGUUGCUAGGGAAAUGUAUCACCAUAGGCCUAGUACUUGUUCAACAAAUGGACCGAUUAAUUUACGCUAUAGGAUUUUUAAGGCUAUCCAUUCUGGAUGGAUAAAGUUACAUCAAACUAGUAACAGGUUAACAGCCGACGGCCUUGAUAAGGCUUGUCGAAUAAUCUUUCCAGUAUCUUUUGGUGUAUUUAAUUUUCUAUAUUGGGUUAUUUAUACACAGCCAAUUGUUUAUAAAAUGGACGAAUGAAGAAGACGGUUUAGGCUAUUGGAAAGAGAACUACCGUCUUGUUUUUAUAUCGUAUACUACUAUAUAUAUAUAUAUAUAUAUAUAUUAGUAUAUAUUGCUGUAUAUUGUAUAUCAAAUGCCAAAGUAUGACUAAACUAUCCUUUCCUCAUCAAUUAUAUGUUAUGUAAAUAUUCCUUCGUUAAAGAAAAAAGUCUUAAACAAUCGGAAAGAGAGACCCACAACAUUUAUAGAGUACAAAUUUAUACGUUUUCUCUUUCCUUUCAAAGUUAUGAUAUUAUAAUUAAAAGUUAUUUAACUCUUAAUUAUUACGUUAAUAUGUCUAAAGUAUCAAAACAAGUCGACGAGUGACAGUAAACAUAUCUUCAAUUACACAAGCUGCGCAACAUUUUAGAUUUAUUAUUAAAAAGAAUUAUAAGGAAAUGAUGAAAGUUCCUUAUAAAAAUGAGGGACAUCUUUGCAAAUGUAAAUGUAUUUAGUCAUACUUGGGUAAAACAUUUAUCUAUGUACUUUAUUUUUUCUCAUUUUCCUCUCACUUCUCACUUCUCACUCUAUCUCUUUUUCUGCGGACUUUUACGGAAUAAAAAACGCAAAAAAAGCGGUUCUCCUUUUAAUUUCUUUCACGAAAACUCUUUAUUUCUACG